UUCUCCCAGCGGCGGCGGCGGGAGAGAUGGCCGGGAGGCUGCGGCCAGCCCAGCUGCAGGAGCCCGUGACGUUCGGGGAUGUGGCCGUGCUCUUCAGCCAGGACGAGUGGCUGCGCCUGGACCCCACCCAGAGGACCCUGUACCGAGAGGUGAUGCUGGAGACCUACAGCAGCCUGGCCGCGCUGGGGGUUCUGUUCUCCAAGCCAAAGGUCAUCUCCCAGUUAGAGCAAGGGGAAGACCCCUGGAUGGUGGAAGCGGGAGAUCUUCAGGGCACACGUCUAG